AUGGACAAGGAUGGUAGAACUUGUACUACUCAACAUGAAGUAGAGAAUGCUUUUAAAUUGUAUUUUCAAGACCUUUUCUCUGCCGGGUCCACCUUGGAAGUGGAACAAAGUUUGGCUGCCCUUGAAAGAAAGGUCACUUCUCAAAUGAAUGAAAGAUUGGUGGCAGACCUUAAUGUAGAGGAAAUCUCUCAAGCUCUGAAUCAAAUGGCUCCUUUAAAGGCUCCUGGUCCAGAUGGGUUCCCAACUGCUUUUUUUCAACAGAACUGGUCUACUAUUCAGGAAGAGAGUGCUUUUAUUCCAGGUAGGCUAAUUUCUGAUAAUGUUUUAGCUGCCUAUGAAGCUAUGCACUCCAUGCAAACCCGUAUGUGGAGUAAGACAGGAUUCAUGGGAUUUAAACUGGAUUUAAGCAAAGCAUAUGAUCGGGUAGAAUGGAGCUUUCUGAAGGCUGCUAUGCUUAGAUUGGGUUUUGAUGUCAAAUGGGUUCAGCUUGUCAUGGCUUGUGUGACCUCGGUGCAAUAUGCAGUCUUGGUGGAGAAAAAUGGUAUCAUUUCUGGUGUGCCCACCUCUCCAAGAGGUCCAAAAAUCAGUCACCUCUUUUUUGCGAAUGAUUGUAUCAUUUUUUGUAAAUCUAAUUCUGUGGAAUGGAGACGAGUUCUGAGAAUUUUGGGGAUCUUUGAGGCGGGCUCUGGCCAGAAGGUGAACUUGUUGAAGACAUCUAUUUUCUUUAGUAGAAACACUUGCCAAGAUAGAAGAGCUGAGAUUCGUAGGCUCUCUGGUUUGACAGAAACUAACAGAUUUGACACUUACUUGGGGCUGCUUGCUUUGAUUGGAAAGUCUAAGAUGAGAGCUUUUAAUAGUAUUAAGGAAAAGGCGAUCCCUACUUAUAGCAUGAGUGUUUUCUUGUUGCCAGCCUCACUUUGCAAAGAUCUUAAUCGGUUGAUGCAACAAUUUUGGUGGAAGCAUAUGGCAAACUCCUCAGGGAUACAUUGGAUGAGUUGGGAAAAUAUGGGUAGGGCCAAAAAGAUUGGAGGCUUAGGUUUUCGGGACCUCAAUUGCUUCAAUAAGGCUCUUCUUGCCAAGCAAGGUUGGAGACUUUACCAAAAUCCCUCUUCUCUCAUGGGCUGCAUUCUAAAAGCAAAGUACUUCCCAAAUUCUUCCUUUUUAAAGGCUCCCUUAGGCAAUCGUCCUUCCUAUGCUUGGAGAAGCAUCCUUUCAGCUCGAGCAUUAUUACACCAAGGCCUUAUAUGGAGAGUUGGAAAUGGUGCUUGUAUUAAUAUUUGUGGGGAUAGAUGGAUUCCCACUCCUACCUCUUAUUCGGUUCAAUCCCCUCCAGCUUUGCACUUAGUUGACAACCGUGUUCUUGCUCUUAUUGACAAGGAUUCUAAAAGCUGGAAUUUGCCUUUGCUGCAGGCCUUAUUCAAUCCAGAAGAAGCCAAAGUCAUAGCCUCAAUCCCUCUCUGCCCGAAUCUACCACCGGAUCGCCUAAUAUGGCUAGGUACAAAAGAUGGUAAUUUUUCUAUAAGGAGUGCUUACCAUCUAGGCUUGGAAAUUAAGGAUCGAAAGAGAGGUCAAACCUCUCAAAUUGAGAAGGGUACUGAUGUAUGGCGUUCCAUGUGGAACUUUCAAGUUCCAAAUCAGAUUAAAAUGUUUUUGUGGCGUGCUUGCAAUGACAUCCUCCCUACUAGGAAAAAUCUUCUGAAAAGAAGGGUAAUUGCUGAUGAUAAAUGCCCUUGGUGUAACCUAGAGGAGGAAUCUACAGCCCAUGCUAUUUGGUUCUGUCCAGCGACAAAAGAUGUAUGGAAUGUAGGCCACUCUAUUUUUCAGAAAUGUGCCUUUGUUGAACAUACUUUUAUGGAGAUUUUCCAGCUUUGUCUGAAUCGUUUUGAUAGGGACGAGAUGGCUUAUUUUGCUGCAAUUGUUAGACGAAUAUGGCUGAGGAGAAAUACUAUGGUCUUUGAGGGUGUUCCUGAACAUCCAAAUAAGACCUACGCUGAUGCUAUAGUUGCAGUGGACAAUUUCAAACGCUGCAUCAAGGAUGAUCAGGACGAAAUUCCACUUGAACAGGUUGAAGGUUUUACGGGUUUGGGCUUGACUGCUAGGGACUGUAUGGGGAACCUGUUGGGAGCAAAACGUUUGACAAAACCUAUGUUGUCUGAUGCUCACGCUGCGGAGUUAAUGGCAGCCUCUUAUGCUGUCACUUUCUGCUUGGAAGUAGGCUUUUUCAAUGUGAUUUUUGAAGGAGAUGCCUUGAAUGUCAUAAGGGAGGCAGCUCAUACCCUUGCAAAAUCAGCAGCUACUAGUUUUUGUGAUGAUGUUUGGUUAGAAGACAUUCCUUCUUGUAUCUUUGAUAUUGUUGCUAAGGAACAACAAGUCCCUAGAUCCUGA